CUGUUUAAUGGUGGCUUUCUCUUCAGCCAGCCUUGAUAAGUUUGAUGAGAAAUCGAGGGGCAGCUACCUAUGCUCAGGCACUCCAUAACAUUCCAGAGACCCACGUUACCUCUCUGGACAAUGGCCUCCGUGUGGCUUCUGAGGAUUCUGGCCAGCCUACAUGCACAGUGGGUCUGUGGAUUGGGGUAGGUAGCCGUUACGAAACUGAGAAGAACAAUGGAGCUGGAUACUUCGUGGAACAUCUGGCGUUCAAGGGCACAAAGAAACAGCCUUGUGCUGCUUUUGAAAAGGAGGUGGAGAAUAUGGGUGCUCACCUCAACGGUUACACCUCCCGGGAGCAGACUGCGUACUUCGUGAAAGCCCUGUCCAAAGACCUGCCCAAAGCUGUCGAGAUUCUGGCUGACAUUGUGCAGAACUGCAGCCUGGAGGAUUCUCAGAUCGAGAAGCAACGGAACACCAUCCUUCAGGAAAUGCAAGAAAUUGACAGUAACUUGACAGAUGUAAUCUUUGAUUAUCUUCAUGCUACUGCUUUCCAAGGCACUGCCUUGAGCCACACCGUCGAGGGAACUUCUGAGAACAUCAAGAAGCUGACUCGUGCUGAUCUAGCUACAUACAUUGACACUCACUACAAGGCCCCUCGCAUGGUCCUGGCAGCUGCUGGAGGUGUUUCCCACGAUGAGCUGGUAGAUCUUGCCAGGCAGCACUUGAGUGCAAUUCCCUUUCAGUACAAGGAGGAUGCCGUGCCUGUCCUCCUGCCCUGCCGUUUCACUGGGAGUGAGAUCCGUGUCAGAGAUGAUGCCUUACCCUUGGCUCAUGUUGCUAUUGCAGUGGAAGGGCCGGGAUGGUCUAAUCCAGACAACGUUGCCCUCCUUAUAGCUAACUCAAUCAUAGGGCGCUAUGACCGCACCUUUGGAGGUGGUAAGAAUCAAUCCAGCAGGCUGGCUACAAUUGCUACAGAGAAUAAGCUCUGUCACAGUUUCCAGACCUUCAACACUUGCUACUCUGACACAGGCCUCUUUGGGCUCCAUUUUGUUUCUGAGACUAUGAACGUAGAAGAUACGCUGCAUUUUGCACAGGGAGAGUGGAUGCGUCUGUGCACGAGUGCGACAGAUGGGGAGGUGAAGAGAGCCAAGAAUAUCCUACGGAAUGCGCUGGUGGCUCAGCUGGAUGGUACUACACCUGUAUGUGAAAAUAUUGGGAGUAAUCUCUUGAACUAUGGACGCCGUAUAUCUCUGGCUGAAUGGGAUGCCAGAAUUGCUGCUGUGGAUUCCAGAAUGGUACGGGAUGUCUGCAGCAAAUACAUCUAUGACAAAUGCCCAGCAGUGGCAGCAAUAGGUCCCAUUGAACAGCUCCCAGACUACAACCGGAUCCGCAGCGCCAUGUACUGGCUCCGUUUCUAGGCUGUGCCCCCCGUAGAAUGGAGAUGGAGAUGUCUUGGAUGUCUUCCACGGGGUGGAUCUGUGUGAAUCUCUUCAGUGUGACGGUGGCAAGAUGGGCAUUGCUGUAAGCACUGUACAAACACUUGUUUUCCGAACUGUUAAAACAGAGCCAAAUAAAUAUUAUGUAAAUGGA